UGUGUUUCAUAUAGAAAACAUCAAACUUUUUUUCACAUUGCUUCAAAUUGUUCGCUCGGGUUAAAAAUAAUUUUUAUAAGAAUAUACAAAUUGUUAAUAUUAGCAAAAUGGAUUUUAUGGAUUCAGAAUCAGAUAUAUCUUUUGAGUUUAUUUCUGCCGCCACACCAACACUAACUUCUUAUGAUGCUGAUGCAUCCAAUUCGAGCCUAUCAAUUAUAAGUUAUGGUUCCGAUGAUGUAUUAGCAAUUUCGGAUGAUAUCUUCGAUGGUCCAAAUCAAAAUUACACGUGGCGACAGCUAUAUUUAAGUUUUUCAUUUAGAAUGGAUCCUGGAAGUGACGAUCCCGAUGAAAACAAAAACAUUAAUUCCACAUUCAAAUGGGUAAAAGUAAUUAUGUUGGCGUUUAUCCUAUAUUGGGGAUACAAAAAAGUUAAAAAAGGAAGUGUGUCAUUCAAAUGGGUGAAUAUAUUUGGGUUUGUAAGUCGUUGUAAAAAACUAAUAGGUUUAUAAAUACUUAAAUACUUUUUUUGAACACCAACCAGAAAAGAACUAAUAAAUGUUUGUAGUUCAAUAAUAAAGAUAAAUCAAUUACU